AUGUACAAAUUCAUCGCUUUGGCCUUGAUUGUUUCAUGUGCAAUGGGUAUUCAGAAGGAUACAAAGACAGUGUUGGCAGAGAUUGAUGCUGACAACUUCGGAAACACAAUUCUAUCAACAGUUCAAAUGUAUUUACAAGCAAAAGGAAAUGCAGAAGAGAUAUUGGUUUUAUUGAAUUAAGUUUUGGCUGGUUUGGUUGAUGAUUAAAACAAACAUGAUAAUGUUAUCAGAGUUGAUAGAUCUGCUUGCACUCGUAUAGUCACAGAUUUAGAAAACUCAAUUGCCUAUCACACAGCCUAAGUAGCUGCUAAUGCUCAAAUGAGAGAAGACAACGAAAAGGCAUUGGCAGAAGCUGAAACUGAUGUAAGAUAAACAAUCCAAGAUAUCGAAAGUAAUGAAAGAACCUUCGCUUAAGAAGAAGCCAACAGAAACAAGGCUCACGAAACCUGGGUUAGAAAGAAUGGAGAGCAUGAUGAUGCUAUUGCUGCUGUUGAUGAAGCAACUAAAUUAGUGUAACAUCUUUCUCUUGGUGCUACUUUUGCUGAACUUAAACCAAAAAUUGAAGCUGUUAAAAAGAGAAUGAUUGGAAAGAAAAGUCACGGGGGCUUCUUUUAACCAAAUGUCACCGCCUUGACUGAAUUAGCUACUAAAGUCGAUCAAAAAGCCAUCUAAAGAAUUCUUCAAUUGCUUUCAUAACUCAGAUAACAAUUAGUUGAAGCCAGAUCAGUCUUAGAAGAUACUGAAAACAGAUAAGCUUAAAGAUGGGCUGAAUUCUCCACUCACUUGAGCAACGAACACAAUAGAUUGGUCGAUAGAAAGAAUCAAUUGGAAUAAUCCAUCCAAACUUUCAAGACCAACAUUGACACUGCCACUCAUUUCUACGAAGUCCAUCAAUUGGAAUUAGAAUAAGCUCAAGAGACUCUUGAUGCUGAACAUGAAUGGUGUGCUCUCCAAGAAUCCACUUAUGAAACUUAAACCACCGAAAGAUAAAGACAAUAAGAAGUUGUUGAUAGAAUCUUGGAACAUUUAACUGAAAAAUUAACUGCUACCUCCCAAUAUCUUGGUGGCAGAUUCUGAGAUUUUAUCAUAAAUAUUAAACAUUAAUAAGGGACAACAUU